CAUGUCGUGCCCUAAAGGGACCCCGUCUGUGCGCAGAAGUUGGGUCGACUUUAUACAUGUUUGACGCAAGCUUAGUAUCUAUCCUUAUUGCUGGGCUACAUGCACGGCUCAACGAAGCCAGUGACGUUUGGAACUUAAUGGUUCAAUGACUUUACAGAGAGCCGAGUCUAUAGCCAGCAGCGGUGCUGGACCUAGACUAGCAAAUCUCCCAAUUAGGACUGAAGGAUUUACCUCCGAUUCCGAGCAGGAUGAUUUAUUGCAGACUCCCUCGCUAGAGGCUGGCAUCUUUGGAGUGCUGUUCACGCUCAGCCAGGAGAAGAACCAAAACAAUAUCCAAUACCAAUGGAUAUUGCUGAAGAUCCUGCUGGACGCAUGGCAGAUCUUCACCACCAUAGUGACGCUGGGAGCCGGAUGGGACAUAAAUCCAGACAGCACGCUCUGGAAGGGCGUUGCCGUACUCAACUUCCAAUGGCUCACGAGCCUGGGUUACAAAUGGUAUGUGACCAUCUUGUAUGCCAUGGCGGGGCUUCUGGCGCUCAACCUCUCGCUGUGCGUGUGGGUGGCCUGGAGCUUCAAGGAGCAGAAGUUUGACUAUGUGUGGCCCAUCAAGCUCGUACGUGGCUUUUCGUACGUGUUUAUCCAAGUCUUCGACAUCACUAGUCUGAGCUUCUUGCAGCUGGGUAUCUCAUGCAACUACACGGGACAUUCGGGUCCGCACCUGCACAUGCAGCUCUUCCCCGAUCACAGCUGUGCUCAUGCGCCGCACAUCAUACACGCGGUGGUGUCGGGCAUAUUGCUGAUGCUGUUCGUGGCAAUGGCUAUGCUGGUCAACAUGGGCGAGGUGGAGGUCAACCCGACCAGCAGGUCACCACAGGCGCUGGGACACAGCGGCGCGGAAGUGACCGCGUUUGGGAUCAAGGCUCUGAUGACCCUGGUCGGUGUGUUCUUCGGUGAUCCCAAGGUUGCUGCCGCCAUGUACCUUGUGCUGGCGCUGUGGCUGGCGUGGGAAUACCUGAGAUGGGUACCGCACCUGCUGACCUGGGUCAACUGCCUAAAAAGCGGCGUCUCUGUUGCCAUGGUGGGGGUUGCGGGUCUGCAGCUGGCGGUGGUGCUGCUGCCGCACUCCGCCUCCCGCGCGCUCACGCUGGUGAUGGCCUACAGCAUGGGACCGCUGUUCCUGUUAGGCGCGUUUGCGGCGUACUUUCGAACCCGGAUGUACACGAGCGCGGUGCUCAAGGCGUUCAGGAACACGGAUCCCGAGGCCAUCAAGCCCAAGGACAUCUACCACUUUUCGCACCCACGGGAUGUGGAGGUGGUGGCUCGCAGCGCCCGCGUGUGGACCGACCUGUACACACUGGAGAAGACGGCAGUGCGACGGGCGGAGGAGGUGAUCAAGGCCGGUGUGGCGCUUUUCCCGGAGAAUGCCUACGUCUCCCUGGUGCACGCGAAUUUCAUGAUUGACAUGCUGGGGUUCAGCCAGACGGGCGCUCGACAGCUGGAGACUGCUCGCAAGCUAAACCCGAGCCUGAUGUGUCGCUUCAUGUUGUUUGUGAGGCAGCAGCAAGCCACGCAAAAGGCGGCAAGCAGCACUGUGGGGAAGGGUGGUAGCAUGGACCUCCUGGGCUACGUGGAGUACCAGCGCAAGCAGCGAAUGGUGCUGCGACACCACAAGGACGCGCUGCAGGCCAUGGCGAACUUCUGGCGCAUCCUGGGUUCGAGCUCCGUGUCUUUCACCUCGUUGAGCAAGUCCUUGGAGGACAUCGACACGUCCGUGUCAAAGGCCGAGACGGCGUACCGUGUGGUGUUGGAGCUGUACAACAACUCCCCUCGCCUGGUUCGCCUGUACGCCAAGUUCCUGGAGACCAUCAAACAGGACCCCUGGGGCGCUGCCGAGUACAACGAGGCAGCUGAGGAGCUCGAGCAGAGCAAGGACGAGGACGGCCAGGGACCCGCCCUGCCUGAUGGCACCCCCAUCAGCCGAAUGGACGAUGUGGAGAAGGGUGUGGUGGUUGUGAACGCCUUUGGCGACAUCCAAGUCGCAAACAAAAAGCUCCAUGCGAUCUUUGGCUACAAAAAAGGCGAGCUGGACGGCAAGAAUGUGAUGGUGCUCAUGCCGCCACACGAGGCCAAGCGUCAUCCGGCACUGCUGCGACGCUACAUCGAUUCCGGAGAUAAAGCGGCGCCGUACUUCCGGCACCCGGUGCUGGGCAUCCACCGCGAGCGGGUGGCGUUUACCGUCCGGAUUGCCGUCAGCCGCGCUUCAGGUCUGGGCGAGGACAGCGUGUUCAUAGGCAUCAUUGAGGCGCUGCCCACUGAGCCUGGAGUGGGCCGGGUGUGGGUGACGAAGGACGGCAUCGUCGUGUGCUGCGACCCGGGCUUUGUCACGUACUUUGGCUACCAACCCGACGACGUGCUGGGUAUGCAGCUGGACAAGCUGCUUCGCUCCGGCAGCUCGGGAGAGGACCUGCUGGCCACCAAGGACGUGUGGGCGGCCAGCAAGGCCAACCACGACAACAUUGAGCUAGUGCAGAGGAUGCUGGAAUCAGCAACGGACUACGGCAGCUUUUCCUCGACUGCCAGCUUGCCAACAGCCUUCACGUGCCAAGUACGGCAUAAGUACGACUUCGCAAAGGACGUCAGCAUUACCGUGCGCGCAGAGCUGGCAAAGACCUCAGUGUACGAAAUGCGCAUGAGGCUGCUCUCCGACGAGCCUCAGCUGCUGAUGGUGGUGGAGCGCAAGGGCGCCAUCCGGCACAUGAGCGGGGACCUGGCCAAGGUGUUGGGCGUGGGCAUGGUGGAUUCCUCGAGCGGCCAGCAGCAGGGACGCGGCGGCGGCGGCGGGGGUCCUCGUAACCGGGACGGCAGCGGGACGCCUGACAGAAUGGCCUCAGCGGACGGUCAGGUCAUGACGGAGCUGAUGGCCGAAAUGCCGCAACGCUCGCUUGACGACUUCUUGCCAGCGCCCUGGAACCACAUGCACCACAAGUACAGGAAGUACGUCAAGGGCGGUGCUCCCAACCUCGCGGCCGCUUGGGGGUGUCGUGCGCCGGUGAAGGACGGCAGCGGCAGCAUCGGUCCCACCAUGCGGCUGGUUGGGGUGCAUGGCAAGCCCGUGUACGUGCACGUGGCUGUUGCUUCACGCGAGGAGUCCGGGGACAUUCAACAUGUGGUCCGUAUGGCCAGGUCCUCCCUCGAGACGGCAAUCGACGAGCGCCGCGUCCGCAUGCGACUGACGGACAACGGCACGGUGCAAGAGGUUGUGCAGCUGGGCGAGUGUGCCAAGCCCCCAGCAGGCAAUGUCUCCUGCUCGGAACUCUUUGGAUUCCCAGCUGAGCAGAUGGUGGGUUGCCGCAUUUGGGACUUCCUGGCUGUUGUUGCCAACGGCAACCAGCAGCAGGCGAGCAGCACCAAGCAGGCACAGCAGCAGCAGGCAAGUCGAGACGUGCUCGCAGAGGCAGAGGCGGUGAUGGCUGGGACGCGUAGCAGCAUGACGGGGGAGAGGCGGCGUGAAUCGGGAAUUCCGCAGUUCGAGAAGAAGUACGGCGACUUCAAUCUUGCCAUGCUGGACAACAUGGUCACGAGCACCCUACAAACGCCCGGCAUCUCAUGGCGCGUGAGCGUCAUCCCGCCAGCUGCUAUCGCCGAGGCUGCUGCCAUGGGCAGUCCUGCCAGAGCUGCUGCGGUGCUGGCGCGGCGAACCCGGCACGCCAUCCUGCGGCUGGACGUUGCGCUGCCACCUCCCGGCUCCAUCCAGUCCACCCCUGGAAAGCUGACCGUCCACGCGGAGCUUUGGGCCGCUGAAGCUGUAACUGGUGUGGUGGAGUUGGACAGUGCUGGCAAGAUAGCUACGGUGCUGGAGGAGGAGAUUCGGCCUCCGGGGCUGCUGUUCGGCAUCCCGCAGGAGAGCCUGGUCGGUACACCGUUGACAACGCUGCUGAAGCUCCAGCCAGGACAGAGUCCCGUGGGUUUGUUGAACGAAAGUGGCAUUGCCAAGAAGAGCUCCCUCAAGACCAGUUCAAAGGGCAAGGCCAGUCUGAAGGUGGGCCCUGUGCACUACCUGGACGGUUUCCAUCGGGACGGCCAACCCCUCAGCCUCGCCGUGCAAGUUGUCGGCAAGCCCGGCUCAUGCAACGGCCUGGCAGUCAUCAUGCGGCUGGCGUCACGCCCCAAGGCGCCCGGGCCACCACCCGCCCCUGGCUCCGUUGCCACGACAGGCCCCGCGGGCCACAGAGGUCAUGUAUUCCUGGAUGUGGCGGCCGGACGUGGUAACGACUCCAGCGGGCAGCACUCGGGCUUUCAGCUGAAGCUGGCGCAGGUAGGCAUUGCACGACAAACUUCUUCCACGUUAACAGCUCCGGUGCAGCCUGCUAAUUCCACAACCAGUAAGGUGUCAAACGACUCGAGCCGCGCCACGGCCAAGACACCCGUGAUCAGCUUGAAGCCUCCGCUGCAGCCGCCGCCGCCACAGCAGCAGCAGUUAAAGCUCCCUGAGGCGCCGCCUGCCGAGAAGGCAGUCCCACCGCCGCUUCCGGGCUCCAGCCUUGCAGCAGGUGUGGAAGACACUCUCAAGGAGCGGUCGUCUGUGGCAGCGGUCGGUGACGAGGCAGAAACCGCUGCGGAGGCUGCUGUCUCUGCUGUAGAUGCGGCAGAAACGCGACAUUCCUCGCCCAUAAAGCCCGAGUCACCGCCCGUCACGGACCCUGCAAAGCGCCUCGCUGCUAGCCCCCGGACUGCUGCAAGGUUGGGGGAUGAUGCGGAUGGCGGAAUCGGUUCCGGCUCCGGUGGAACGAGUUCCCCGCAACUGGUGGAGGUUAAGGUGGAUGCUGCUGUGAAGGCGGAUGCGACGAUACCCGCUGGUAACGAUGCUGCUGGUGAUGGCGGCGAAGCUAAGGUGGCUCCCCGGCGUGGCUUGACGUUCGAUUCCGGCAGUGCGGCGGCUUGUGAAGUCGGCAGCCUGAAGUCGGGGAUAGGUGCCGCGACCAGCGUGGCGUUGGGCGAUCUCGGAAACGUGAAGGACCUGGAGCAGGGGAUCGGCACGGUGGACAAGUGGGUCGCCACAGGCGGCAAAUUCUACCAGAACCACACCCAGAGCACCGCUGGGUCCGCCGAUUUGGAUGCCGAAGACGAUGGCGACGACGGCUCCGGAAGCCACGCCACGUCAUCCCACUGGGCCUCCCCCAGGGCCUCUGACGCAGGUGGCAUGGAAUCCUUUACCCAACAACGCCUAGCUGAGGAACUCCCAGACGACCACCCCGCGGAGGUCGCGGUUGGCAAAUCGUUGUUGAAGGGCGGUUGGAACAACCGCCUGCACGUGGACGUUCCGGAUGCAACUGCGCAGCAGGGCCUGGGUGCUGCUGGGGGUAUUGUGGCGCUGGAGGCAGCCAACCUUCCUCAGGACGGUGCUGGCCAGGAGGAUGAUCGUGGGAGCGAUGGCGCCGAGAGUGCCAUCUCCGGGAUUUCCGGGACUUCAGGACUUUCAGAUGGCAACACGCCGGCGGACUUCAAGCGCGGCAAGCGCUACCGGAAGCUGGUCAAGCUGAUGGACUCGCCGCAGGCGCAGAAGGUUGUGGUGUGGCUAAAAAUCAACACAAGUUUGGCGUUGUUCUUCGCGGGCGCCGUACACAUCCUGUGCUUCGCGCUCAUCCUGUCCGCCAUCUCGAGGCAAUCCAAGUCGCUUGACCAGCUAGCAAGCGCUGGGGGAGCGCAGCGCUACUUGCAAAAGGCGUUGGUAGCAGUACGUGCCUUGGAUCAGGCGUACAAAGGCAAAGGUUCUGCCGCUACAUACAGCUCAGCUGACGUGCCGAUGCUCUUGGCCGACCUUACAGCGUCCUCGGACCAUUACCGGGACGUAAACAACGAGUUACUUCACAAGGUACAAGGCCUCGAAUUCUAUUACAACAACCGUGCCCUUGAGGUCGAGUCUGGCUACAACGCCUCAACUAGACUCUUCUACCCUGAGAACACAACCAUGGCUAACCUGGUAACGAUGUUUUACACAGCAACGAAUGACAUCAUCCAGAACCACGCACAAUGGAACCGAAUUGGCACCAACAUCUCGGACGUGAGGUCGGCUGCUUUCCUGUUACAAAGCGGCCAGAGCCUUACCGAAGGAUCGUACGAGAUCCUCGGCACCCUACUUCACAAUGCGGUUGACCGAACGAAUGCGGUCAACACCCUGCAACUGCUGUUCCUCUUGUUGGAGGGCUUCCUCGUCGCUGGCACGUUUGCGAUUGGCCUGGUCUACAUGUUGAGGUCUGCAAGUGAACAACGCUACCAGCUGUACGAGACCUUCCUGACCAUCCCUGUCGGUCUGACACGAGCCUUGGCGUCCCAGACCACCCACUUGCUUGACGAUGACGAGUCAGAAGAUGAGGAGGACGAAGAUGGCGGUGGCAGCCAGACCAAGGAGCAUCCCGAUGAUCCCGUCUCGCCUGCCGCCAAGCGCAAAACGCUGUUCGAGGAUUCCACAGGCGCCUCCAAUGAUCAUACCGGCGACAGCAUGCGAGCAGCCACCGGGUCCCACGGCGGGGCAGGUACGCAGCCGCACGGCAGGCCGCACCGGGGUUCCGUUGUCGAGUACUCGCCGCUCAUGGGAGCAGCUGGCGGUGGAGCCGGCGGCGGCGGCGGUCACCCACAUCCUGGAAAUGUUGGUCGGAAGUUGGCUCGUAUGGAGGAAUCGCUGCGACAGCUCGCAGUUGCUGGGCGCGACGACUCACCGCUGAUGGGCUCCAUGGGUCACCAGCAGCAGCAGGCAUUUGGGCAUCGGACAUCCGGUGCUGGGGCAACCAGUGUGCGUGAACCUCUUGGUUCGGGGUUUCACCCGACCAUGCCACGCACUGGCUUUGGUGGCUGGUUGUCGCGAAUGAAGAGCAGGAUUUGGCGCUCAAAUGCGGUACAACCGCUGCCCUCACCGACGCGAGGCGGGGAGCAUCAUCGCACGCUGGAGCGGAACAGCAAAAUCGCCAACAAGAUGCUGGCCAUCGUGGCGACAUACUCCUUGCUGAUCAUCCUCUUCUACAGCGUGGAUUAUGCCAUACUGCUUCGUGCAAAGGACAUGGUGGCGAUGCAAGCUGUGGCUGACGAAACAGCUGAGCGGACCUAUCGCAGCGUCUUUUACGCGCAGGAGCUCGUGUCGGAAGAGAAGGCCUCAACUAUGCCAUCCCGCGUGCAAGCCGUGCUCAACGCUACGUUGGCUCUCCGGAACUCGUACUUCCUAGCUCGCAUGGGUGCACAAGCUCGCGACACCAUUGGAGACGUAGUGGAUCAGUAUCGAUGGAUCAGCAGCCAUGGCCUUGUAAAGGAGUCAGCAAACUUGUUCAAGCUAUUUUAUGGUCAUGGCAUCUGUCUGCGGCUUUCAGAGCACAUGCCCUGCCCGUUGGACACCUACCGCUUCUUUCGGGUAACGCACUCGGGCGCAGACGGCAUGAUGCUGCAGUUGCUGGCGGAGCUGCAGAGCUUGGCAGAAGAGGCAUCGGCUGCGGUGGCUGCAGGCAACAACACACGAGGAUUUGGGAGCGCCCACUGGGACUACAUAUACAACGUAGCCACGGUGGACCUGAAUGACGCCAACCUGCGGAUCAGCUCAGAGCACCUUAGCGACAUCCGAGGUGUUUUUAAAGUUGUGGUGGUGAUGCACGUGGUGUUGUUCCUCCUGGUAGCCGCCGUCUUCUUCAGCUUCCUGCUGCUCGUGUACAUCCCUCUUUUGCACCGAAUGAAGAAGGAGAAACGGCGCAUUGCCGAGAUGAUGAGUCAGCUGCCGCCCGAGCUGGAUGUCAUGCGGCUCGUGAGUACGGCACUGAUGGGGCCCAAGGCGGGCGGCCACGGGGGCGGCCACCACCACCAUCACCACCACAACCUGAACGCGCACACGGGCACAGUAACUGAACAGUCCGUGGGUGCUGGCAACACGCCGCCUUCCACCAACACGGGCAUGGCACCGGGAGCGCAUCCCAGCUCGAGCGGGGCCGGCGGCAGUCCGACCGGUGCUGCCGCGAGCGGGGGCAGCAAGGCGUACCAGGCAUGGAAGGACAUCCUUAACAGGGCAAGCACCAUUAGCAACCCAACAACUUCGGCUAACGGCGGCGGGCCUCAUGCCGGUCCCCUGGGAGGGCCGCACGGUGGGCCGCACGGAGGGCCUCAUCCCGGUCCGCAUGCAGGCUCUGGCGGCUCACAUACACUUAUGGGGCACAACAGCAUCCGGCGAACCAGCCUGAAAAAUAUGACCCUGCCGUAACGGGCUAACAUGAACCUUGCCGUAACAGUUCUGUACCGCGUAACGCCGUGCCGUACAAGGAGGACUACUUACCAUGGAAGGAGGAUAUUUAGCAGGAGGACGUCCUGCAUUUGAGACGCAUCUUUGUUUCUUGGAGCAUUUGGUCGUCACGCUGUGGCAAAGAGCUUCUCGUGAACUGUUGCGCCGAGAACUUUGUGUCAAGGAGCUUGUCGGCUACUGACUUCAGAGAGCCGUGCAGCGCAUGCAUGGUAGGAAAGAUUGCGGAGAAGUCCGCCCUCGGCGCCCGUUUGCCAAGUUGGGAAGGAAACCAUUGCUAUAGUUUUAUCCACAAGUAACUUGGGGCUUCUUUUACGCAUGGCAGUAAGGGACAUGAGCGCUUUGCUAACAAUGUGCCCGCAUGCUGUGCGGGCUAGCUAGCAGCGUCUUGUCACUUAAACAUGUAGCGCUUAAUGUUCGUAUGCUUUGUUACUUGUUAUCUGGUUACACGCGUGGACAAAACCCUAAACGUUAAAUGCUACCCGUUUUAAGUACUUUGGACAUAACGUGCUUCCUGCGGAGCAGAGCAAGCAAACGUCCUCUUGUUUGUACUAAUGGAUGCUUGUGGGGCCCGUUAAUGUUGCUUAGUUGGAAGGCGAUGACGGUUUGACGCCGUUUAAGGAAUUUUUGUCACUUCAUAGCGCAGGGUACGUAAUUCAUGAGUGGUAUUGAGCUUGUAAAUGAGCUACAAUGCAUAUCACUGCCAAAUAUACAAUAAUGAGAGGGUUUGUGAGUGCGUUUAUCAGUUUCGAGUCGUAUUGGCAUGGCGAGUGCUUUGGAUUUUUAGAACGGCCUUGCUUGUGUGAUAGGACAGGGGCGCCCCAAGCUGACAUUGCCCUGUGCUUGCUACUCGCCUACCUUUCCUAACAGUCCUACCUAAACAAGCUGUACACAUGACGUGCUACGUACGUGUUCCUCGUGUAAUAAUGUUGUGUGAGAAGGGCUACCUUCUGCUGUCAUGAACGUUGGUGGAACGCUACCUUUGUAGGGUGCUAUCUGAGGCGCGGGACUUGUGGCUAAUGAAGGCAGCUGCUAGUGGAAGCCCUGAUCCACGAAUCUGCAGACAUU